AAGAUAUUAACAUAGAUGAAAUGUGGAAAAAAAUACAAAAAGCUAUUCAAAGAGCAACAAAAAACAUGCUCUCUAAAAAAAAAAAGAACACCAAAACUUUUAGAACUACACCAGAAAAUGAAGAGUUAAAGAGUUUUAAAAAGAUAUAA